UUAUCUUGUGACACAAACACGCUCAUUUUCAUCAACACACAUACUCGACUGAAGCGACAGUACUGAGAUCAGUGACUGAACUGUAUUUUACAAUGGAGGAAGACGGCAAAGAAACCAUUUCAAUUAGAGAGAGUAAAAGACGGGAACGUCAAGCAGCCUUGGAGAGCCCAGAUAUUGGUAUUGGCUUAUGUGGGUGGAUCAUUGUCGGAUUAUCCAUCCUUCUGAUGCUCGCGACUCUGCCUCUCUCCAUAUGGAUGUGUAUUAAGAUUGUGAAGGAGUAUGAGAGGGCCAUCAUCUUUCGGCUGGGGCGGAUCCUACGAGGAAGAGCUAAAGGGCCAGGCCUGUUCUUCAUCCUGCCGUGCACAGAUAAUUUCAUCAAUGUGGACAUGCGCACCAUCACCUUCGACAUCCCCCCACAAGAGGUUCUGACUAAGGACUCAGUGACGGUCAGUGUUGAUGGAGUGGUGUACUACCGUGUUCAGAAUGCCACCCUGGCUGUGGCCAACAUCACCAACGCUGACGCUGCCACCCGCUUGCUGGCACAGACCACCCUGAGGAACGUCCUGGGCACCAAGAACCUGGCUGAGAUCCUGUCUGACCGCGAGGAGAUAGCCCACAGCAUGCAGACUACCCUGGACGACGCUACAGAUGACUGGGGUAUCAAGGUGGAGCGGGUGGAGAUCAAGGACGUCAAACUGCCCCAGCAGCUCCAGAGGGCCAUGGCUGCAGAGGCCGAGGCUAGCCGUGAGGCCAGGGCAAAGGUGAUAGCAGCGGAGGGGGAGAUGAACGCUUCGCGGGCUCUGAAGGAGGCCUCUCUGGUGAUCGCUGAGUCUCCAUCGGGCUUGCAGCUGCGCUACCUGCAGACCCUCAACACCAUAGCUGCCGAGAAGAACUCCACCAUCAUCUUCCCCCUGCCAAUGGACAUGAUGCAGGCCUUCAUGAAGAGAGACUGAGGGGAGCCUGUUGGGUGCUGUGUGAGUGCUGUUACACACAUACAGUACACACACAAAACAAACAUUCCCACAUACAGUGGGGCAAAAAAGUAUUUAGUCAGCCACCAAUUGUGCAAGUUCUCCCACUUAAAAAGAUGAGAGAGCCCUGUAAUUA